AUGAAUAGCAAUCAUAAUGAAUAACUUUGUCAAUUCGAACAAUAAAAACCUAAAUAUUAGCACUUUUACUUAGAACUCUAUAAACCUAAACUCUUCUAAAUUCAUGGGCCAAAAUUAAAAAAAAGUGAUACUCUCAAAUGUUAAUAAAAUUAAGGUGAAUAAUAAAAUGGCUAAGAUGACCCUAUCUAUUUAAAUAUUUAAGAUACUUAAUAAUAGGAAAUUAAAUUUGGAUUAAAAACAAUGGAGGAACAAUCAAUUUAAAAAAAAAUCAAAAUAAUCUAAAGAUUUUUGAAGAAUUAUAGCUUUAAUAAAAGAUUUCGAUUUAGACGUAAUGACUCAUCAGAAGAUUUAGAAUAUCUAGAUAUAAAUCAGGGUUCUACUUUUAUAUAAAAAGGUUUUAAGGAAUGCAAAAUCUGUCUAUCAUACAAAAGGAUGCAUUAGUUCUUGCCUUGCCUUCAUGAAUUUUGUAGACCAUGUGUAGCAGCUCAUCUUAAAGAGAAUAUAAUAAGAGGAAAUGUCUUAAUAAUAUAAUGUCCUCAAUUAUUCUGUUUUGAAUAAUUCGAGAGUCUCUAAAUAAAAAAUUUAGUUUCAUAUAGCUUAUAUGAAAAAUAUUAAAGAUUUCUAAAAAGAUAAUUAAUAAGUAAAGAUAAGAAUGUUAGAUGGUGUCCUCGAAUUGUAUAAUUUUUAUAUAUACUAUUAAGGAUUGUGAAAAUUAUGUAAUAGGUUAAGGUAACAAUUUACUGAUAUGUUCUUGUGGCUAGCAAAUAUGUUUUAAAUGCGGUAGUCAAUAUCACUAAGAAAUAUCUUGUGAUUAAGCUAUGGACUUCUAAUAUCUUUAAGCAAGGAAAAAACUUCAAGUUAAUGAUUGUCCUAAUUGCUCGGUUCCUAUAGAGAAGAAAGGAGGCUGCAAUCAUAUGACAUGUUACAAAUGUUAAUAUGAAUUUUGUUGGAUCUGUAGAGGCAAAUACUCAUCAACUCAUUAUGGUGUAUUUAAUAUAUUUGGAUGUGCAAGUAUUUCUAUUGAUUAUAUAUCUUUAGUCCCAGGAGGAUAAGUUUCUAAUAUUAAACCAUUAUAAAAUCCUAUGUUGAUUAGAGUUUUGAUGAUAAUUCCAAAACUCUUACUUACAAUUAUUGGACUGCUCAUAUUUCUACCUUUAUUUUUAAUCUACCUAAUUCUAUCAGCACCCUACAAAAUUUUAAAAAGAAUAUCAAAUUUCAGAAUGGGUAAUUAUCGGAAAUGUGCUUAGUUUGGAUUUUUCUAACUUCUCCUAUUUAGUGGAAUUAUAUUAUCACCCAUAACAAUAAUUUGUGCAAUUUUAAUCAGUCCUGUACUAUUGAUAAUUUAUAUUGUUGAAAGAUUCUGA